AUGAAGAAUGGAAGGGUUUUCCAAUAUUUGGUGGCCAGUGCUGUGUCAUUAGCCCCAGCUACAUUAGGCAUGUGCUCAUUAUGGACUACGCCUGUAAUGCCAAAACUGAGGAACAAUGAAACUAGUAUUCGAAUUACCGACAACCAGAUAUCGUGGAUGUUGAGUCUGUCUCCAAUAGGGUUUAUGCUGGGCAGUCUGAUGACGAGAUUCAUAUGCGAUCAAUUAGGCAGACGCGCUACACUCUUGCUUAGCGCCGUCCCUAUAGCUACAGGAACUAUAAUCGCAGCUUCCGCUAAAGUAGCGUGGCUAUUGUAUGUAAUGAAAUUGCUCUGGGGUUUCGGAACCGGUAUGAUAUCUAGCGUGGUAUCUAUAUACAUUGCAGAAGUAUCAGAUAAAGAUAUCCGCGGGAGGUUGACAGUCGGAACCCGGUUCAUGUUCAAUUUCGGGGGGCUUCUGAUGAUGUGCGUCGGGUCUUUUGCGACGUACAGUGCGAUCAAUUACUCGCUAUUAGCUAUGCCCGUUCUGUACUUCUCGGCGAGUCUGUGGAUACCUGAAUCUCCCUACUAUUAUAUAAUGAAAGGGAAAACGGAGGAGGCGAAGAGAGAACUGCUGAGGUUGCGCGGGGGUGAAGAAAGCUUCGACGCGGAACUGGAGCGUAUUACAGCGCAUGUAAAGAAGGACAUGACUCAUUCAACUUCUACUAUAGAACUGUUUAGGGGAAGGCAAUAUCGAAAGGCGGUUAUUAUUGUUGUUGGCUUAAAAAUGGCGCAGAUCAUGACAGGGUCUCAAACGGUGCUGCAAUACCUUGGCGUGAUUAUGGAGGAGAGUAAGACAGAUAUCCGUCUUCCUGUCAUGAUUAUCAUCUUUGGUGCCGUCAAAUUCGUUGUUGGUGUAAUAUCUUCAAUCCUGGCAGACAGAGUCGGGCGUCGCCCACUCCUGAUAUACUCCUUCAUGACCUGCAGUAUUGCUCUAUCCAUCGUGGGUACAUACUUCUUCUUCCUAAAUGUCAUCAAACUAAACCAUGACUCUCUUAAAACGUACGGUUUCCUGACCUUUCUAGGAAUAUUGGUUUCAAGUAUUUCAUCUACCCUCGGUUUCAACUCGAUCAUAGGCGUUAUACAGGGUGAAGUGUUCCCUAUGAACGUAAAAGCGGUUGCCAUGACAACAUUGAACAUCUAUGGCGGUAUAUUAGGGUUUUCGGUAACGAAAUUAUUUCAGAAAGUAAAAGAUGUUGCGGGACUCUGCGGCGUAUUCUGGAUGUAUGCUAGCAUCGCGUUGGCCGGAUCUCUCUUUUGUUACUUCGUUAUUCCCGAAACUCGCGGGAAGAGUUUGAGGGAGAUUCAAGUCUUGCUGCAAGGAGAAGAUUAUGAGGUAGAGGAAAUGAGAGAAAUGAAUGUGAAGGAUUGUGUUGAUGAGGGCGUGUUAAAAGAGGUGAAAGUUAACGAAUCGAAGAUUUGA